AUGUGCCAAAUGUGGCAGAAGAUCCGUUACGGGGUGCGGUGGAACCCCGCAGAACGUCUUGCUUUGGCGACUCGCGCUUUGAAUCUUCAGAAAGUCAAGAAUAUUGACAUUUCGCUUGAUCCUCUACAUCACGACAACCUCUCCAUCAGGUUACUUUUUUUCUCGAAAAAGCUUUUUCAGAAAAAUAAUCUCAAUUUUAAUGAUCGUUCUGUCCUAUAAAAUCUCUUGAAACUCGAAGUUAAUCGACAAAAAAAGACGGCUAUUUUUUUAUCUUUUUUUGAAACUAUUUUUUUCGAAAUGCCAUUUGUCACAGAAAUGGAUUACAAAGUUGAAAAAAACAAUUUUUUUCAGGGGCAAUUUUUUAACUUUUUUUAAAAGCUGUCAUAAAAAAAUGUACAAAGUUUUGAAAAAUUCCCUCUUUUUUUCAUUUUAAUGAGCAGCGUGAUCUCCUGUUAUUUAGAUUCGCAAAAAAAUACGUGAAAGUUUUUCAAAUUGAAAAAAAGAGCUUCAUAGAGCCUUCAUUUUCGCUUAUCUAGUGAUUUUUCAGACUCAAUUAAACAAUCUUCUUUUUAUGAAACAACCUUUUAAAAAGCUUGUAAACUUGAAAAAAACUUUGAAAAACUAAGGAUAUUAUGAGAAAUUCAUGGAAGAACUGUUUCCUGGAAGUUUUUUUCAGAGAAAAAAAUUGAUCGAUGAGGGAAUGGAAGUUAUAAAAAUCAAAUCAAAUUUUAGCAAAUUCAGAGUCCAGUUAUCUAUUCUAUCUAAUGAUUAAUGGAAUGAGCGUUUCCAGAACAUUCUGGCACUCAGUGAUGACCCCCAAGGUGAGAAUGACCAAUCCGAACGCGAGGAUCAAGGCCAACGUGCGCAACGACAGGAAGCCGCCGUUCUUCGUCGCCACCCUGGGUGCGAAGUCAUUUCAUUUCCUGAUGACGUCGAGUGGAUUCAGAUGACGGUCAUCAGCUGCAGUUCAACACCGGCAACAUGACCGCCAUGGACGUGAUCAUGACUUUCAAUCGGCUGACGGGAAAUCCGGAGUUGGGCAAGGCUGGCACGCGUCCAAGGGCCAAACUUUGA